UACUCCAUAUCAUAUCAUCAAUUGUUUCAUCAAAUCCAAUAUUGCCAACACAAAUAUUCUAUCGUGUGUUCAUAACCAUAUUCAUUCGUGUAGUAUUACUAUUACCAUAUACGUUAAUCUAUUAGAGUAUAUUACUUUGUUAUAAUUCAAUUUCACUCAGUAUAGUUCAAAUCCUAUUAACUUAUACCAGUUUUUGUGUUUUUGGUUGUGAAGAAUAUAUAGUUAAAUUUAACAUGAGGAGGGACAUGAUUGAAUUUGAGCGUGUUCUUAGUUACUUUGAUGAAGAUGGUGAUGGAAAGAUUUCGCUGACCGAGUUAAGGAGUCGAAUGGCGAAGAUUAGUGGAGAGUUUGAAUUGAAAGAAGCGGAAAUUGCUAUUGAGUCAUUGGAUUCUGAUGGUGAUGGUUUAUUGAGUUUGGAGGAUUUGAUAAAGCUUAUCGAAUCUGCUUGUGAGGAAGAGAAAUUGAAGGAUUUGAAGGAAGCAUUUGAAAUGUAUGAUAAUGAAGGGCGUGGCUUCAUAACACCAAAGAGUUUGAAGAGAAUGUUGAAAAAAUUGGGAGAUUCUUCUAAGUCCAUUGAAGAAUGUAAAUUGAUGAUCGGAAGGUUUGAUUUGAAUGGGGAUGGUUUGCUUAGUUUUGAAGAAUUUAGAAUUAUGAUGACAUGAGUGAGUGAUGAUCAUGUGCUAUGUUCAUAGCUUUUCUGGUUUUAUCAUUGCUCGUGGAUUUCAUUCAUUCUUUUGAUUUAUGUGUGUAUUUUUAAAAUAUAAAUAUUAACAUAAGAUAAACAAUAAAUGAGAGGUAAGUUUUUGGGCUA